GUGGCCGCCGGUUCGGCGCGGGUCCUGUCGCGCUCUGUCGCGAUUUGUCGCGCCCUGUCGCGCCGGCCCCGCUGCUCAAGGCCCGCCCAUGGAGGCCGCGCCGCGGCUGAUGCCCGGGGUGGCCCUGCCGGGGUCCCUUCCGCCAGCACCUCCCCCCGCUGCUGCCGCCAGCGGGGAGCCGCCACCCUCAGGGCCACCCUCAGGGCCACCAGCGGGGCCACCGCAGCACGACACCGGCGAUGUCCUGCAGCAGAUCAUGGCCAUCACCGACCAGAGCUUGGAUGAGGCCCAGGCCAGGAAGCACGCCCUGAACUGCCACAGGAUGAAGCCUGCCCUGUUCAGCGUCCUUUGUGAAAUCAAGGAAAAAACAGCCCUCAGCGUCCGCAGCCCGCCCGAGGCCGACCCUCCUGACGCGCAGCUCCUGCGCCUGGACAACAUGCUGCUGGCCGAGGGCGUAGCCGGGCCCGAGCGCGCCAAGGCCCGCCCGGAGCGGCCGGGAAAAGCGGCAGAAGGGCCGGGAAAAGUGGGAGAAGGGCCGGGAAAAGCGGCAGAAGGGCCCGGUAAAAUCGGCAUGGCGCCACCGGGGGCUUGUCCCCACGACCACGGCAUCGAGCACUCGGAUUACCGCGCCAAGCUGGCGCAGAUCCGGCAGAUCUUCCACUCGGAGCUGGAGAAGUACGACCAGGCGUGCAGCGAGUUCACCACGCACGUGCUGAACCUGCUGCGGGAGCAGAGCCGCACGCGGCCGAUCGCGCCCAAGGAGAUCGAGCGCAUGGUGGGCGUCAUCCACGGCAAGUUCAGCUCCAUCCAGGUGCAGCUCAAGCAGAGCACCUGCGAGGCCGUCAUGAUCCUCAGGUCCAGGUUCCUCGACGCCAGGCGGAAGCGGCGCAAUUUCAGCAAGCAGGCCACCGAGGUGCUCAACGAGUAUUUCUACUCGCACCUGAGCAACCCCUACCCCAGCGAGGAGGCCAAGGAGGAGCUGGCCAAGAAGGGCGGCAUCACCGUCUCCCAGGUCUCCAACUGGUUCGGGAACAAGCGCAUCCGCUACAAGAAGAACAUGGGCAAGUUCCAGGAGGAGGCGAACAUCUACGCGGCCCGGAGCGCCGGGGAGGCGCCGGAGCGGCCGGGGCCCGGCCCCUGCUCGCCCAGCUCGGCUUCCUCUGGGUCUUUUAAGAUGACAAAUUCUGGGGAUUCCUUCCUCAACCUGCAGCCCUUGACUUCCUACCAGAGCCCUCCCAACGUGCAGAGCCAGAUGGAUUCCCUGCACCACGUCCUGCAGCAUUCGGGGAGGUUCGAGCCCCUCGUGGGGAGCCCUUUGUUCUCCACGCAGCGCCUCGAUGCCAACGGCAGCUGGCAGGACGCCGCCACCCCCUCCUCCAUCACCUCCCCCGCCGCAGACCCGGGCAGCGUCAACUCCGACGCCUCCAAUUAAAGAGUUUUUAGGACCUUUUUGAGAGGAGAGAGGUCAAUUAACGUUAAUUAAUCAAUGAUGCUCUUGGGCCGAUGGAAUUACUGACUCGCAAUGAAUUAAUUACCUCAGAACAAGCCAAUAGAUUGUGAUGGCAGCGACAGCUCUACCUCUCAGCGCCGACUCGGAAUUAUUUAUAACUUCAGUUCGCCUCAGAAAAUUCCGUUUUUUUUAAGGAAAAACCUUGGAUUUUACAUGAAGAACCUGAAGAAGAAGGAAAAAAAAAAAAAAAAAGUCUUGGCGUUUGUCUUCAGUUUUACAGCGGAAAAAAAAUGGAUUUAUUUUCGUUUCCGUCCGAUUUUUUACGCUGGGAUUUCUGUUCUAUGUGAAUAGUUCCAGUUGAACCCCCCCCAUACUGAGACUGGAUGUUCUCUGUAUUGUAAUUUUCUAUAGGGAAUUCAGCUUUUUCUUAAUUAAUUUAUCUAAUUAAUGGGUAAGUUGCUUUACUGAACUUCUCGCUGGACGUCACUCGCAGGCCGGACCUUCCAUUGGUGUCAUUCCAAGGGAUUUCAUAUCGGAAAAUUCCAUGGCUUUACUUUUUCUGAUGAAAAAGUACAAAAAUAAAAUUAAAACCCCCAAAUUCACCACAAAACAGCCGAACCACGGGAUUUCCCCAUGGGAAUUCGAGGCGGUUUGUGCCGUUCUGGUGCUGUUCUCAGAGUCCACCCCUUUCAGUUGAGAUUUUAUCAAAGAAAAUAAACUUCCAAAGCCUUUUUUUUU